CUUUCAGAGAACACAUUGGUCCAAAAGAAAAGCACCCAGGAAACACUCAUCUUUGCAGGAAUUUCUCUUGUUAUUUUCCUUAUUAAUAUCAUAUUUUUAUGAGCGCCCGCAGCCUAAUGAGCGGCAUCACAGAUGAGAGACUUUUUAGGACUACGGCAAUUCAGUAGUUUGGGUUGUGUUGACGUUUAAUUCAGCGCAAAUAAGAGAAGAUGGCACAGAAGGAGGGGACCGCCGCGGGGGACAGCUCGGGGGCCAAAGGCGUCCCCGCGGGAGGGGUGGUGGUGGCAGUCCGAGAGAAGAAGGGACCCCUGAGGGCCGCCAUACCCACGAUGCCUUUCCCCCUGGCGGUCAUCUGCCUCUUCCUCAACACCUUCAUACCCGGCCUAGGUACCUUCAUCUCGGCCUUCACGGUGCUGUGCGGCGCCCGGAGCGAGCUGACGGCCGAGCGCGGCGUCUGCUGCGUGUUCUGGCUCAACGUGGCGGCGGCGCUCAUCCAGGCGGCGACGGCCGUCAUCAUGGUGGGCUGGAUCAUGAGCAUCUUCUGGGGCAUGGACAUGGUCAUCCUCGCAAGCUACAGAGAUCAGGGCGUCCCUCAAGACGUCUGAGAGGGUUCGAGGGGUUUUGGGGGGGGCUCAGGGCGCAACUUUUUCACAGCCCCUCCCCGACAAGACAGCGGAUACCGUUUCUCUUUUAACAGAAUACGCAGAGAAAGGUCACACCGGGCUACGACACUGGAGUCAAACAAACGACGGGAACGACGUUAGCCAGCUGGUGAGCUAGCCGCGACAUGUUAGCUAUGAGGCUAAACACGAAGAGGUCCUUACGAAGAAACACAGGUGUACUUGCAUUAAUAUUUAAUCAAUGUUACCCCCACCUCUUUAUGUCAGUAAUUAUUGCGCCACGGCACAUAUUUUACAUUCUAAAAAUCUCAUGGGGCACCACUCAAAAUUUGACAAAACGUGUAAGCGGUGAUGCCGUGAGGGAUAAGCGACCCAAAAUUUUUUGAGGUGCAAAAAAAAAAAAGAUUGUUUGGCUAAUUUUUUUGCUCUUACUUGAGCAAGAAUAUGAGAUACUCAACAAGCAGCAGGUGAGACUGUGAAUCAAUAAAAAAAAAAAUUGAAAAAAAAAAAAAGGCUUCAACUGCCAAACCAAAAAAAAUGACAAUUGUAUUUUUUGCAUGACUGUAUUAUACUGCCCCCAGUGGCCAAGUCACGCCAAUGAAGGACUAAUGCACUAACAGUUUCAUUUUUGACUUUGUAUUUAAUCGUGUGAAUGACUACAAAAUGUACAUUAUAAAGUUCUCUUUCCACUUGUUGGGUUUUUGGACGAGGUCCUAACGGAUUAAUGGCAUCGGUCAUGAAAUGUAUUAAACGCGUGUCUGAAGCCAACACUGUAUUGUGAAAUAAUGAUGACAUCACUAUUUAAUCACAAAAUUUACUUCAUUUGUGUGGAAUCUGACCUGUUUAAUGGAAUAUAUAUAUAUAUACACAUUUUUUUUCUGUUUUAUGAACCGCAACAGGUGGAUACAUGGGUAAUAGUUCCACCUUCUGCCACCUAAUGGUGGGGAGUGAAACUGUUCCACUGCUGGCAUAAAUGCAUGAACAAAGAUACACUAUUUGUAGUGAAUCAAUUUUCAAAACAUUCAAGAGAAAUCACAUAACAGGUGAUUUGACACUCACUAAUUCGAAAUAAUGAAAAGAAUUCAUCAAGAAAGACGAGGGAUUCUUCCGUAUCGAACGUUUACAUUUGUGAAUUUCAUUUGUUUUACUUUCGUAGCUUCCGCAUUAGAUUUAGCCAAUUUCUGUGACAAAAGACUUAACCGAAAAUGAGCGGUGGGGGCGUUAAUUUGUAUUUUACACAUUUUUGUAAUACUGUUUAUGAUAGCUGGUUUCUCUUCGUAACAUUAAAUAAAACCCAUGGGGGAAGGGGGGGGGGGACGUCUGAAAUGACAGGAAGUCAGACAUUUUUGUUAAAAGCUGCCAUUUUGGACCCUUUUUUUUGUUAGAAAUUUAGCCCCCAAAGCCAGUUUCCCUUAGCAAAAUUAAUUUUGCCAUACAUUUCCAUCAGACCCAGAUGAGGAAAAAAAAAAAAAAGAAAAAAAAAGACCUUCGCAAAAGAUGGAAGAGAUCUUCCAGUAUGACUAAGUGUCCAUUUUAGGGUCAUUUUGUCCAUUUCCAAAGAGCCAAACUACUGUAAUAUAGAUUUGGUCCGACCGCUACAAAAUACUUCACAGAUGGUCGACACCAAGUUGUGAAGAAUUUGAGAAUUUGCCAUUGCGUGUGGGCACGGCGUGGCGCAGCAAAAGUUUCACACACUCAAACAAAACAAGACAAAAAUAAAAACAUCAAAACGUUAGAAAGGCGUACAGGUAUGGUGGCGAAAUGUCACGUAUCCAGCAGACAAAGGAACAAAGAUGAAUUUUGAAAAAACUACCACGGAAAACUCAAAUGUGGUGCUGUUGAAAAUAUCCCAGUCUUCUUGCAUGCAUUUUCAGCUGCUUUUUUUUCUUUUUUUUUUACUGUAAAUAAACAAAGUAAAGUUUGAUAGCAGUGUAGCUGAGUUCAUAAAUGAAUAACUCUUCGUAUUACAACAAAAUCAUUGCUUGUCUCAAUUAUUAUCCUGUCUUUUUACUGAUAAAUGAAAAAUAAAGUACAGAUUCCAAGAUGCUUCAAAAGGAGGGGAAAAACUUUCUCCUGUUUCCUGCUUUCCAGUGCUUUGUUUUGUUUUUCCAAAU